AUGGCAUCUACCCCAGCACACCUGGAGCCCUCCAAGCUCGGGACAAAAGAAUACUGGUCAUCCCUCUACACAACCGAACUCACAAACAACGCUCAGAACCCUGAAGACCGCGGCACAGUCUGGUUCGACGACUCGGACGCCGAGUCAAAGCUCCUGACCUACCUCGAGGACCUCACCGAGUCCGCCCCCUUUGACCACUCCCUCCGCCAAGCCGACGCCACCUUUCUCGACCUCGGCUGCGGCAACGGCUCCCUCCUCUUCGCCCUCCGCGACGAGGGCUGGGCCGGCCGCGCCCUCGGCGUCGACUACGCCCCGCAGAGCGUCGAGCUGGCGCGCCGCAUCGCGGCGCAGAGACAGCAAGCUGCCGCCAAGGAGGAUGAGGACAUGUCCGACGCACCCGCCGGGGACGAAGACGACGAGGCAGACGCCAGAGAGCCAGAAUUCGAAGAGUGGGAUGUACUAAACGGACCCUGGGAAACCGUGCUCAACGGAUCCCAAAAAGACGGUUGGGACGUCGUCCUCGACAAGGGCACCUUUGACGCAAUCUGCCUCAGCGACGAAAAGGACGCGCAAGGCAGGCGCAUCUGCGAGGGAUACAGAGGCCGCGCGCUCCGCCUCGUCAAGCCCGGCGGCCUGCUUCUCAUCACGAGCUGUAACUGGACAGAGGAGGAGCUCAGGAAGUGGUUCGAGGGCCCUUCGAAUGAGGGAGAUGCGGGCAAGUUUGUUGCUGUGGGCAAGGUGGAUUAUCCUAGCUUCACCUUUGGCGGCGCCAAAGGCCAGACCAUCAGCAGUUUGUGCUUCCAGAGGCAGGCAUAG